AUGUGUGCACGCGCCUAUGUGUCUGUGAGAAUAGAGCAGCUGCUUGGACAUAAAGAAGGGACGGACACCAAACAGACCCCUGUGUACACACUCAUACACGCGUUUGGUUUGAGCAGCGUGGCGGGCGGUGAGGCAGAACGCGAUGCCUCAGAGGACAGAGGCUGUGUGCCUUUGCCCCAGGGAGCAAGGGUCAGCGUGGGAGUGCUGCUGCUGGCACUUGGUGUCGUACUUGUCAUGUUCGCGACAGUCUACACAGCCGUCAUUGGGACUUCCAUCGCCGCCCUAGGCUUUUGUGUUCUCAUCUACUCUUUUUGCCAAGUAAUGAAGUCCAGCAGUCACAACAUGACCCUACCUGGUCACUUCUUGCUGCACCCACGGACUGGCACCCGAUUCACCUACGAGCAAGCUAUCGCUCUGCAGAGGAGGCUGGACAGGAUCCGCAGGGCUUCCGCAGAAGAGCGGCGCUUGGCCCAGCCCCCACCGCCAGCAGACAACAGUUUUCAUAGUCUACCUGGGACACCGCCUCCUUGGGACAUGGAGCCCCCACCAUCCUAUGAAACCGUUAUGAAGACCACUACAGCCCUCAACCAGCUAUAAUCACUGCU